UAUAUUAGACUAGCUAAUUAAGUGCAUUAAUGCUACUAAGAAAAAAAGAAAAUGUGGAAGCUCAAGGUUUCUCAAGGGGACGAUGAACAUGGACUCAAAUCCUUCAACCAUCAUAUCGGCCGACAGUAUUGGGAGUUUGAUCCUAAUCUCGGCACCCCACAAGACCGAGCUCGAGUCGAAUUGGCUCGAAACCACUUCACCAGUAACCGGUUUCGAGCCAAGCAAAGCUCUGAUCUUCUAAUGAGGUUUCAGUUUGCGAGGGAGAAUUCAUCAAUAGGCUAUGAAACGAAGGUGCCUCUUGCUAAAGUCAACAACUCUUCUGGAACUGAAGAAACGGUGAAGAUGGCAUUACGAAGGGCUCUCGGAUUCUAUUCGACUGUACAAUCGCAUGAUGGGUUCUGGCCGGCCGACUAUGGCGGCCCCUUGUUCCUUCUACCAGGAUUGGUGAUUGGGUUGUUUGUAACCGGAGCUUUAGACAUAAUCUUGCCAUCCCAGCAUCGACAAGAGAUACGUCGCUAUCUAUACAAUCAUCAGAAUGAAGAUGGAGGAUGGGGCAUACACAUAGAAGGGGACAGCACAAUGUUUGGGACAGCACUCUCAUAUGUCACCUUAAGGUUGUUGGGAGAGACAAAGGAUGGUGGGAAUGGUGCUAUUGAGAAUGCAAGGAAUUGGAUUCUCAACCAUGGUGGUCUCACCUUCAUUCCUUCUUGGGGCAAGAUGUGGCUUUCUGUGCUGGGAAUAUACGAGUGGAGUGGGAACAAUCCAUUUCUACCAGAACUAUGGUUACUCCCCUAUCGUUUGAACCCCAUACAUCCAGGGCGGAUGUGGUGCCACAGUCGAAUGGUGUAUCUGCCGAUGUCCUAUUUAUAUGCCACCAAGUUCGUAGGCCCUAUCACUUCCCUUAUUUUGUCGCUCCGUCGUGAACUCUAUCCUCUUCCUUAUCAUCUCGUUGAUUGGGAUUGUGCUCGUUAUCUUUGUGCCAAGGAAGACCUAUAUUAUCCACAUCCCAUUAUACAAGAUGUAUUAUGGGAAUGCCUUGAAAAAGUAGUAGAGCCUGCUUUAAAGAAAUGGCCAUUGUCUAAGCUAAGGAAAAAGGCUCUUCACACUGUGAUGCAACACAUCCACUAUGAGGAUGAAAGUACUAAUUACAUUUGUAUUGGCCCUGUCAGCAAGAUGCUGAACAUGGUAUGUUGUUGGGUAGAGGACCCAAAGUCAGAGGCAUUCAAGUGUCACCUUUCAAGAAUUAAAGAUUACCUUUGGGUUGCUGAAGAUGGCAUGAAAAUGCAGGGAUACAAUGGAUCUCAAUUAUGGGACGUUGCUUUUUCAGUACAAGCAAUCAUGGCAACUAACCUAGUGGAUGAAUAUGGUUCAAUGCUUAAGAAAGCUCACAGCUUCAUCAAAAACACACAAGUAAAAGAAAACAGUGGAAAUGGCCUUAAUCUAUGGUAUCGUCACAUUUCUAAAGGAGGAUGGCCUUUUUCAACCCCGGAUAAUGGUUGGAUCGUCUCCGAUUGCACUGCGGAAGGGUUGAAGGCAGCACUUUUAUUAUCAACAAUGCCAUCCUACAUAGUUGGUGAAGAGGUUAUAACACCAGAUCGAUUAUAUGAGGCUGUUAAUGUCAUUUUAUCUUUACAGAACAACAGUGGUGGUUUUGCAUCCUAUGAGCUCACCAGAUCUUAUGCAUGGUUGGAAAUCUUAAAUCCAGCUGAAUUGUUUGGAGAUAUAAUCAUUGAUUAUCAGUAUGUGGAAUGCACUUCAGCAGCAAUUCAAGGCCUCAAAUUAUUUCAAAAGCUGCACCCAAAUUACAAAAACAAAGAAAUACAAGCUUGUAUUAGCAAAGCAAUCAAUUUCAUUGAGAGCAUACAAUUACCUGAUGGGUCAUGGUAUGGGUCAUGGGGAGUGUGCUUUGUGUAUGGAACAUGGUUUGGGAUAAAGGGAUUGGUAGCUGGUGGAAGGAACUAUCACAAUUGUGAUGGUAUAAGAAGAGCAUGCGAUUUCUUGUUGUCCAAGCAACUACCUUCUGGGGGUUGGGGAGAAAGCUACCUUUCUAGUCAAAAUAAGGUGUACACAAAUUUAGAAGGAAACAAGUGGCAUCUAGUGACAACUGCAUGGGCAAUGUUAGCUUUGAUUGAAAGUGGACAAGCUGAUAGAGAUCCCACGCCAUUGCACCGUGCUGCCAAGGUUUUGCUCAAUUCUCAGUUGGAUAAUGGAGAUUUCCCACAACAGGAGAUAAUUGGAGUGUUCAAUAAGAAUUGCAUGAUAAGUUAUUCAUCCUACAGAAAUAUAUUUCCCAUAUGGGCCAUGGGAGAGUACCUCAACUGUGUAUUACUUGCCAAAUCCAAGUAACUGAAGAAAUCUUGUACUUGACUUUUCAAAGAAUGUAAAGAAAUAAAAAGAUGGUAUUAUGUGAUGAAA